CGCGUCCAUGUUAGCUGAGCGGGUGUUAUUAGAGUCUCCGGAGCAGCAGCGCAGGUUUCGGCAGGUCAGCGGGUGAAUAAUGCGGAGUCUCUGACCGGGAUUACCGACUCAGAGUCUGAAUCGGGAUUAAACGCGACUCUGCUGUGUGAAUCGCGAGUAAAAUCCGCUGGCCGGCUUUAUGCCGUUGUGUCUGUAGGCUAAGCUAAGCUAGGCUAGGCUAGGCUCUUUCUCCAGCAUGUAUCCUGCGUGGGGCGGUUAUGGCGGUGGAGGCCCGCAGCCUCAGCACUUCUCUCCACGCAGUCAGCCAUUUCGCGGCCCGCCUCCACCCGCGGCAGGUUUCGGGGGAUAUGGAGCUCCGUCCCCGGCGCCAUCGUCCAAUUUCUCGAGUCUCCAGGAGCAGCACCUCCAGCAGAUGCAGCAGCUGCAACAGCUCCAUCAGAGACAGCUGCAGUCCGUGCUGCACUACAACAACAAUGCUAACAAUGCUAACAGCGCGAGCCCGGGCUUCGGCGCUGCUCCGGGUCCGGCGGCCCCUCCACAGUGGACCGGACCUCCGGCAGGGUUUCCGCCGCCUCCGGGUCACUUUAACCCGGAUCCUUCUCAAAAUCGAGGCGCUGCUCCACCUGAGCCUCCACCAGCGCCCCCAAACACCGCCUCAACACCAGCACACCCCGCUAACACCAACAGCAACCCCGGCUCCACCGCGGACAGCGCAGCGGAACCGACAGAGAGCAGCAGCGCCGACCUGUCCGCCAUGUCGCUGCAGGCAAGAGCCUUCUCUACCGCACAAGAGCAGCAGGAUUACUGGUAUAAGCAGCACCUCCAAAACCUUCAGAAGUUGAAGAAUGAGAAGGCGAAGCAGGGGAGUACUGACACUUCCUCAAUAGGAAACACGUGCACACCACCAGCCCCGCCCCCACCAAAUGAAGCCCCACCCCCUCCACCACCUAAAGAGGAGCCUCCUCCCCCUCCCCCACCAGAUGACAAGCCCACCAUGGUGGAGUCUGCAGACCCAGCGGAGGCAGCACGGUUACAGCAGUUGCAGGCGGCAGCGGCUCAGUGGCAGCAGGUUCAGUACCACAGGGCGGGAUACCAGUACCAGGCCCUAAUGCAGGAACACACACAGCUCCAGCAGAUACUGCACCGGUACCAACAGGUCAUCCAGCAACCUGCACACAUACAGACCAUGUCUGUAGACAUGCAAUUGCAGCAUUAUGAGAUGCAGCAGCAGCAGUUUGCUCCAGUGCUGCAGGACUGGGAAAGACACUUUAAGCUGUGGCUGGACCAGUUCCAGGCAUAUCCCCACAAAGACCAGUUACAGGAGUAUGAAGGUCAGUGGAGACAGUGGCAGGAGCAAAUGAACUCUACUUCAGCACAUCUGAACGAGCGAGUGACCACGCUGAGGGACAUGAAACAGCCGUAUGGAGCCGGUGACACUUAUGGAGGUAUGGUGGGACCGUAUGGACAGCCUCGUCCUCCUGCGCCAGACGUGGGCUCCUCUAUGGCACCAAAUAGUAGAGAUCUUUCCUCAGGUCCUCCUCAGGACACACAUCCAACCAAUUUUUCAGGACCAAAUGCUGUAGAAUCUGGUCCACUUCCAGGAUCAGAGGGUCCUGUUGGUCCUCCUGGAACAGGGGCAAGACAGCCACCUGGUCCUCAUGGAAGGUUUGAAGGCCCAAGAGGUCCAAGGUUUGAAGGUCCUCGGGGUCCGAGAUUUGAACCGCCAUUACAGCAACGAUUUAGUGGACCGCCCAGAUUUGAUAGUGGUCAGCGCUUUGGCAUGCCUCCCCGAGGCAAUCAUAUGAGACCAGGACCUCCAGGUAGAUUUGAGAAUCCUCUGAGACAGAGUCCAUCUUCUCGAUUUGAGAGACCUCCUGGUCCACCCAUGGGCCCACCAUCGGGUCCACCCAUGGGCCCACCAUCGGGUCCACCCAUGGGCCCACCAUCGGGUCCACCCAUGGGCCCACCAUCGGGUCCACCCAUGGGCCCACCAUCGGGUCCACCCAUGGGCCCACCAUCGGGUCCACCCAUGGGCCCACCAUCGGGUCCACCCAUGGGCCCACCAUCGGGUCCACCCAUGGGCCCACCAUCGGGCCCACCAUCGGGUCCACCCAUGGGCCCACCAUCGGGUCCACCCAUGGGCCCACCAUCGGGUCCACCCAUGGGCCCACCAUCGGGUCCACCCAUGGGCCCACCAUCGGGUCCACCCAUGGGCCCACCAUCGGGUCCACCCAUGGGCCCACCUGCCUCACAAGCUAAACCUGGUCCCGUAAAUCAAACUAACUUGCAGCUGGGUAAACCUGAGUCUUCUCAGGGUUCUCUACCUCAGAGUGCGACCAUGGAUAAGAAUGAAAACAAAACCCCUCAAAAUGAAAAGGAGCAAGAGUCCAUGUCAGAUGAUGUAAUGGAUUCAGACGAUGGUUUCUUUGUUCAGAGUGAUCCUAUUCCUCAGUCUCAGGCUGACCAAGACAUGACGACUGAGACGGUUAUAGAGGCUGCUAAGGAGGAGGAAUCAAAAAAAGAUACCACCGAAACAACUGCAUCACAGUCCUCAUCUGUACCUGUCUCACCAAAGCAAACCCCAAGUACUGUCAAAACCCUAGAAGUACCAAAAGAUAUUAAUGUACCCCAACAACAACCACAGCCUCCUCAACAAGGCCCAUUCCAACCUGACAUGUCCAAGGAACCUCCUGGUACACCAUAUGAGAUGAAUCAGAAUGGUCCUCCACGUGUUAUCCGAGGCCGGGGGAGGGGUCAAGGUCCUUUACCAGUGCGAGAAAGAGGACGUGGUCGAGGACAGAUGGGUAGAUCUACUGGUCCUCCGUCUAUGUCAGGUCCCAAUUAUCAUGGGGACGAUGCCCCAUAUGAUCAUCAGCCACCAAUGGAAGAGGAUUAUGGAUGGGGGGUCCAUUCCCAAGAACCACAUGGAAUGAUGGAUGAUCGGGAAGUUCAUGAAAUGUGGCAGCCAGAAGAGCAUCACUUCCAGAAAGAGUACUAUGAAGAAACUGAAGAGCAGGCACCUCCUAGGGGCCUAAUGGAUCCUGCAGAGGCAUCGCAGGAACAUUGGGAGGAGGAACAAUCAGAGUACUGGGAUGAGGGAGAGCCAUACUGGGCAGAAAGAAGACCUCCAAUGAUGCACCAUAGACCUUUUCCUCCUGAAGGACCUAGGCGUCCUCCUUUCCAACCACGCUUUAUGCACCACGGUCCACGACGUCCUCCACCAUCAUCCGAUAUAGAACAUGACCCACAUGGCCCUCCCCCUCACAUGGGCCCUCGUUUCCGACGUGGCGGUCCAGGUCCCUGGGUGGCACCACCACGCCAUGACAUGAGACGACCCCCUCCGCCACCUCAUGACUUGUUGGAGAGGGAGCCAAUGGGUCCACCCGGGUACCAUGAAGAAAUGGACAGAGAUCCUGGUUGGUCUCGUCCACAUGGCCGAGAACCCAGGCACCCUCCUUUACCCCCUCAUGAAAUAAUGGAGAGAGAGAUGAGAAGGCCGCCCAUGCGAUCACAUCCAAUGUCAAGAGAUAGGUGGAGAAGACCUCUCCAUGAAGAUCCUGAAGGACCAUAUGAGCAAGAGUAUGGCAUUGAGUUUGGCCUUGAGGAUGAAGGUUAUGGAAGACCUCCACCUGAUUACCAUCAUCGAGAAUACAGAGAAGACGAAGAAUUUUUCCACUUGAGAGAGGAGUGGAGACGAGACCGUCCAGAUUGUGACUUUCCUCAACAUCCCCCACGUGGGCCACCACCAGACCACUUCAGAGAUGAUCCCUGGAUGGAAGAAAGGGAUAGCCCAUUCUCAUAUGAGAAUGAGGAACGAAUUAGGGCAGAACGAAGAGGACCUGGUUACGGUGACGGACCACUAUAUAGGGACAGAGAUCGGGAACCUCCCUUCCAUUCUCAUCCUGAUUGGGAAAGACCUCCACCACUUCCAUUGCCAGAGAGGGUGUACCCGGGUCCCAUUGAUGAAACUUUUUACGAUAGGGACCCAGAACUCCUUGUGGCACCACAGGGUGGUGUUCCAGAAGCUCCGCUUGAUCAGAUGUCACCAGGUGGAACCAAAACAGUUCUUGCGCUUUCUCAAAGGCAGCACGAGAUCAUCCUCAAAGCUGCUCAGGAGCUAAAGAUGAUAAGAGAGCUACAAGAGAGUAAAAAGGUUCUGGGAGAUGGUUCUAACCCAGAGUGUACUGGACUGCCAUCUGAAAUUUCUGCUGGUCUCCUUGGACUUGAAAUUCCACCUGAGGUUAAAACUGCCCUUCAGGAUGUUUCCGGUAGACCCUUGGAACCUGGAAUGCACCAACCAAACCAAGUUACAGAUUUCCUCCAAAUAGAAUCGGCACCACCUCCCAAACCGACCUUCAUUGCUAAAACGGUGGAUUAUGGUCACGGUCAUGAUGUGGGUGCCAAGGUGGAAAGGAUAUCCUACGGGGAGAGGAUAGUACUGAGGCCCGAUCCACUGCCGUCUGAUCGACCCUAUGAGAAAGAACUGCUUGGACGUCGAGAUCCAUACUAUGAUAGAAGAGGCGAUCCCUACAUGGACCAGCGGGAGUAUGGAAGAGAUCGGGAAAGAGAUAUGUUCCGAGACAGGCCACCUCUGGAUUAUGAUAGAGACCGGCUUGAAAGAGAGCGUUACUCCAGAGAUGAGAGGCCACCCCCAGGCCCACCUCGUCCUCCUUUCCGGGAUCGAGACCGGGACAUGAGGGAGCACUCGAGUCGCUCCAGCCGAGAUCGGGAGCCAUAUAACCGCUCAGGCUAUGAGCGAUCUUCAUACGAAAGAAGUCUUGAACGCUAUGAUCAUGGGGGUUCAAGUUACGGAAAUGACCGGAGGAGUUAUCCUGAUGAACCUCCUCCCCCUCCUGCUGUUCCCCAGCGUGUGGAGAAGAAACCUGAGACCAAGAACGUUGAUGAUAUUCUGAAGCCACCUGGACGAGCGACUCGUCCUGAUCGGAUUGUGGUAAUAAUGCGAGGGUUACCAGGAAGUGGGAAGAGCCAUCUGGCAAAGCUCAUCCGGGAUAAGGAGGUGGAGUUUGGAGGAGCUCCGCCCAGAAUGCUUGGCCUUGAUGACUAUUUCAUGACUGAAGUGGAGAAAGAAGAGAAAGACCCUGAUACUGGGAAACGUGUUAAAACUAAGGUCCUUGAGUAUGAGUAUGAGCCAGAGAUGGAGGACACGUAUAGGAACAGCAUGCUGAAGACCUUCAGGAAGACUCUGGACGAUGGGUUCUUCCCCUUCAUCAUCCUUGAUGCCAUCAACGAGAGAGUGAAGUACUUCGACCAGUUCUGGAGCGCAGCCAAGACCAAAGGGUUUGAGGUGUACGUGGCUGAAGUCUCAGGUGACCAUCAGACCUGUGCCAAGAGGAACAUCCAUGGGCGCAAGCUGAAGGACAUUACAAAGCUGGCGAACAACUGGGAGUCGGCCCCGGUGCACAUGGCGCGUCUGGACCUCCGCUCACUGCUGCAGGAUGCUGCUAUAGAGGAGGUGGAGAUGGAGGACUUUAACCCAUCGGAGAUGGACGCUGAAGCUGAGGACAAGAAGGAGGAAGAGGACGAGGCGGAGCUGCGCAUCUCGCACUCACUCACUGCUAUCGACCGAACAUUGUGGGAGAUGAAGCCACGCUCCAGAAUGAACAAUCCAUGAUUGAAGAUGGCAUGAAAAACCCACAGAACACCUGAUAAAGUAAUGCGGAAUGAACAAGACCAUGCGGAAUGACUUGGCGGAAAAUAAUAUUCAAUAACAACCUUUCAGUAAAAUCAGUCUCACUUUCUUUACUGUAUUGACUUGUUUACUCUGAUAAUGAUUUAUAAAGCAGUUUAUUACUUUUAAUGAAAUCCAUGUUUUGCUUAACGUGACUAAAUCAACGUUGUGUGUGAUUUUACAUGUGGAAAAACUCCAGUGUCCAGCGUAGAGGAUAAUGUAAUGUUACUCUUAUAAUACAUUUACACUUUCACUGCACUGUUCACCAGUGACACUUUUAAAAAGCCUCACAACAGACUUCUCCUCUUACACACUGACAGCUGAAUCUGACGCCCUGCGGUUUUAACGACAACUUUGUGUCAUUUUAUAGAAUCUCCAUCUGUUUGUGUUUUUAUUUCCAUUACAGUCUGCACUGAAGGUUGUGUUUACUCCCGAAAGUAUCUGUCCAUGGAAACAGCUGACAGAAUUAGUGCAUUAAAAACUGAAAAUGACCAACCUGACUUCGCAAAGGUCAAAUUUGACACUUGGCUCAGGUAGAAUGUUUGGAGUAGUUUACUCUCGCAUGUUAUAAGCCAAAAUCAAUAUUUUUCAUGGUGAACUGGCGGUAGUGACCGUUUUUGCAAAUGUGCAAAAUUAUCGGUUUUUAAAAAACUGAAUUAAUUAAACUGAAUUAAGAUUUCUUUACCAAAGAAGAACCUGCACUGGUCCAGAGCGAAUGACAACUUUUAGCACCGUUGGUGUUUUUGAGCAUGUUGUUUAGGGUGUUUAGGAAACGGUUUUGGACCGUAGCCCGGAACACGUCACUUUCCGCUUGACUGGCAUCGAAGCUUUUUGUACAGAAAAUGAGUUCAUAAUUUGUUUUCUAUAAACUCUGAGGGGAAAUACUUAUAUCUUUAGUAGAUACUAUAAUAGAUGAAGUGACAUUUUCAGCAACAUAUAUAAAUAUGCUCUGUGACAUUGAAAAAUGGGUCAAGGUCACUCAUCUUGGGUCAGUGAGUUUCCAUCAUCUGUGGCUACCAGCAGUGAAAAUUUCGUCUGAAACUGAACAACCUUUGGAAGAAAAAUGUAUCACCAAAAAUAAGUCUUCAUCUAUUAAUAAUAUAAUGAAUGUCCUAUAGUGCCUCUCACUGGGGGGGACGAAGCAGUAAGAGAGAGGAACGCUCAUAGAAAAGAUUCGUCUUCAACUGAGAUCUGAAAGUAGAGAAAGAUGAUCAAUCACAGAGAGAUGGAGGAAGAGAACUCCAGAGUUUGGGGGCAGUGGCACUGAAGGAUCUGCCCCCCAGGGUGGGAAGCCUGGCGUGUGGUACAGCAAGUAGGUUGUUGCGAGAGGAUGUCGGUGAGUGGGGAGAGCAGAGCGAGAUUAUACAGGAGACGAGAUCCAGGACAGAACCGGGAGCUGGUGCAUGAGCGAGGCUGGGGAGAUGUGAGCAGAGCAUUUAGUACGGGUCAGAGCUCGACCUACGGAGUGAUGAAUAUACUGUAGGUUCUGUUCAGACUUUUGCAGGAAAGCCAGUGAAGAGUGAAAUACAGGAGCCAACACUGGACAUGAACGCGUGAAGCAGAGUGAAGGGAGCUCGGUGGUUAACACUUGGAACUUGAGUUUAGAAGGUUGAGUGCAAAUCCCAGUACUGCCAUUGCUGGGACUUUAUCCCUCACCUUCUCAGUGGUUUCGGUGAUGUGAAUACAAAUCUGAAGUGUAAAUAUCAUGUGUAUAGAAAAGCAAGUAAAGUCACAACAGUUUUUAUGUGCAAAUACCUGUGUGGGGGGGUCCUGUAACGGGGGGUCCUGUAACUGUAUCUUGUCUCAGUGAUGAAACGUGUUGAUAUGAACUUUACAUGUUGUGGUAGUAAUGCUGAGCAUAAAGCUAGCAGUGAUAACGGUGGAAAAUAGUAACGAGUCCAGUAAAUAAAUCUGCUAAUGUAUGCAGUAAAUAUAGUAAUGACUUUUCAGUAAAGAUAUUUGUAUCUGCAGUUUUUACAGUGUGAAGCAAAAUGUAAAUAUACAAAUGUAAUGUCACACUAACCUCCUGUUCAACAUGUUGUGUGCGAAGUGUGUGUGUGUGUGAGAGAGAGUCAGUUUGUGGUAAACACUGACCCUGAAUAUUGUGUGUGAGAUGAAGAGCAUGUGCUGAUAUGAACUUGAUGUAUCCCAGUAACGGAGUCGCGUGGUGUUUCAGCAGCGGUUCUCCUCAGAAGAAUCAGAGCCUCGGGUUCCUCUGAUGUUCCUCUCGGUGUACUCUGUACUCCUCUUGCCAGAACUGUACUGUGUAUAUUGGGCCUGAUCUCAUUGCCAUAUUCAUCAUGGGCCUGGUGUUGAUGUAAUAAAUCCUUGUUCUGCUUCA